AAGCUUCAUUCAUCAUCUUCAACAUCCACAAACAAAAGUAUCCGAAAAUAUUAUCAUCAAAGAAAGAGGAUGACCCGAACCAUGUUUUGCAGUGAAGUGGAAUUGGGUGGUUUUCUGGGCAGCUUAGAUUUGAUUGAAGAUGCUUAUCACGCAAAUUUCGAUACUUCUUCAUCCACUUCUUAUAAACUUCACCACAAUUUUUCUGGGUUUCAAGUUUUGUCUUUCCACUCUUCCUCUCAUCAUACCACUCGAUUUCUYAAUGGAGGGUUYGAUUUGGUUUCGUCRAAAGAUCACCCGGUCAUUGACUUUGUUUCGACGAAACUCAACCCGUUAUUUUCCAUUAACGAAGCUGCAGUUCGCUUGUUCGAGGGUCUGUUUCUCGAGCUUAAAGAGCUCGAAAAUCAGCUUAUUUUCAAGCCGUUGGUUGUCACCGGACGAUUUCUCGGGGGAUAUAUCGCCAUUCUUUUUACGCUAUGGCUGCAACACGCCAUAGAUGAGAAAGAAGGCGAAGGUUUCAAGGAUACGAAAAGACCAAUUUGCAUAACUUUCGGUUGCCCGCUUGUUGGGAACCAAGAUCUCCGAAAGGCGAUCUCGGAACGCCCACAAUGGAAAUCUAGAUUCUUGAAUGUGGUCGCGCAGACGGAUCCUGUUGCUCGUUUUUACUCAUCAAAUAAUCUUUACAAGCCUUUCGGUACCUCCCUUUUUUGCACGGAAUCAGGCGGGCACAUGGUUUUUGAAGAUCAAGAAUUGGUCCCGGCUGUUCUAGACGCUAUGGCGUCAUCUAUAACCGGAAAUACAGAAAUCGACUACGGGAACCAUUUGAAGUCAAUCCGAAGGAAGGUAUUGUAUCGUGGGGUUUCUGAAUUGGGUGAAUUCAAGUUGGAUUCAUUGAGGGCAGGUAUCACAUUGCAGUUCAGUGAAGUUGGUCAUGUGCUAGAUGAUAAUUUGAAUGAUCUGGUUGGGAGAAUAGCGGAGGAACAAAAAAUAGCAAAGAGGAAAGAGCAAUUGAAUUUCUUUUACGAUCGUAUCAACAGCAAGAAGCGAAACGAAGAGAUGAGAGGCAUACUAUGCAUGGAAUUAUACAUGAAAAAAGGAAGAUCGAAAGGGGGUUCCUACGAUAGCUUCAAAAACCCCGGAGAAAGCAAACUCGAAAUCGAGUUAUAUCAAGAAAUCGUGAAGAAUAAACGAAUCCUGAACCAGUAUUGGAAGGAGAAGGUUGACGAAAAUAAUCGAAUGCCGAAAAAAGAAGGUACUAAGUUGCAUAGGCGUUUGCUGUACCGCGGAAACACGUACAGAAGGAUCGUCGAGCCACUAGACAUCGCCGAACACUACAAAUUAAACGGUGAAUACUACAAAAAUGGAGAGAAACACUAUCUAGAAAACCGAUCUCAACAUUAUCAGUUGCUGGAGGAGUGGCUGAAUGAACAUAAUUAUAAGAAGGGUCUGAAUCAAAGUGAAAGAACCAAUAAAGCAUCAACUAUUAACGAUGAUUCUUGCUUCUGGGCAUAUGUGGAGGAGGCUUCCAUUUUGUUGUCAAAGUUGAAGAAUGGAGGGUCUGCGGACGUCCGUAGCCAGGAAUUGGAGUAUUUUGAGAAUUAUGUGAUGAGUGAAAUCAAGACUUACUCAUUGUCUCCAGACGUUUUCAUCAAGGGAAGCAGCUUAAUGAAGUGGUGGAAUGAGUAUAAACAGCACAAGGGAAGCUUAUAUGCUUCUGAGUUUGCUCAGUUUAUGAACAACGAAAGCUACAGAUCA